GAGAUGCCUACUAAUAUAGACAUUACUAUUAAGACUUUAGAUGGAAACUCGAGGAAGUUUGAAAACAUAUCGAACGAGCUGACAGUGAAAGAGCUGAAAGAAAAAAUAGCUGGCAGAGUCAAUAUCCCAGCAGACAGGCAGCGUCUCAUCUAUGCUGGUCGUGUUUUGAACGACACUAAUGCUCUCUCAACUUACAAUCUAGACGGCCAGGCCAUCCACCUAGUUGAACGACAGCCAGUGUCUAAUCAGCCAAAUAAUGCUGCUGGAAAUGCUUCCGCUCAAAAUGCUGGAGCUGCACCUCAUCGUCACAUGGGGCCAAUGGGCUGGCAACGAAGUCCUCUGAAUCCUAACAUGGGGCCAAUGGGCUGGCAACGAAGUCCUCUGAAUCCUAACAAUCCUAACAUGCCUCGAACGCAAGUGCGAGUUGUCGUCGGAGGUAACCCAUCCAGAGGUGUUGGAAGAGCAGUCCCGAUGCAUGGAUUCCCCGGUGCCAGACCUCCACAUCAAGUGCCACCAGAAUUCUUGGCGCGUGGUGGAAGACCGCCUGGUUUUACUAGAAUGAGAAUGAAUCGACCUCAGUUUCCUGGCGACUCGGGAAGGCCAGCAACUACUCCGGUUGAUGCUGGUGCAAAUCGCGUAGAACAUUGCAAAAAGUACAUUGCAAGUACAAAGCAUGUUUUGCGCCACCUGAAACGCUUGAAGGAGAGAAUCAAUAAUGCAGAUCAGUCAACUUCAAAUGAAGAAGCGUCCGGGGCUAGUGGUACCGAAAAUAAUGAGGAAAGUGAAAAUUUAGAGGAAAUGGAAUCACCGGAUACGCAAACUCCUCAAGAUGAGCCAGUGACCGUAAAUGCAGAAGAAACGACUGACGGAACUCAGAGAUCAACUGGUCCUGCGCCUCAAUCGGGACCUACUACAGAUAAUCAACAAAACUUGCCGCGAGCUUAUCCCGCCGCUGAAAUUAUAACGCUACACAGAUCUGUAAAUGAAUGUGAAAAAGAACUGCAAGAAUUUGUUGACUUGUGUGAGACUGUUUUAGCUAAUGUAAACGUGGAACAGCCUCGAAAUAUUCAGAACAUGCAUCGAACACUGAUACAUGGCAUUGGAGAGGCAACUCAUUUUCUCGCACAUGCACAGCAUUCACUCUCUGACCUUUACACAAAUUUGUCUCAUCUUCCGCCGGUAGCAAUGGCCCACCCGGUUGCGGUUAAUGCAUUCACGGCUAUCGAAAUUGUACCUCAAUUGGCCACUAUGAAUGGCCCUGUGAUGCAGCAGCCUCCAAUCAACAUUCCGAACGGACCUGUACCUUCGUCAAUCCCGACACCCAAUGCGGCAGCCACGCCAAACAACACUCCUAAUCCAGUUCCGAAUAACCAAACUCCUCCAAGAAUGCCGCAGAUCCCGCCACAGUUUCCACCACAAUUCCCGCCCCAGUUUGCAAAUCUAGCUAAUAUGGCGUUCUCGGGGUUUGUACCGGGGCCCAACGCUGUUCCGGUAAACGUUCAGAGGUUUACAAUGCCCGGUACGAAUAACACAGCUUUCAGAGCCUCAUUUAGAACUGCUGUACCUAUGAAUGUUCCUCCUGUUCCGCAGAAUACGGAGCAAAACUCUACUGCGACUGGGAAUCCCAACACUGCGAAUGUAAACAAUACUCAAAAUAACAUAGGAAAUCAUGUUCCCAACGCAGAGAACGAUCCGCAAAACACAAAUAACGCAGAUUCAUCAGAGCCGCCUGGGAGAACCGGUCCAACGGUAAACGUUUCAGGGUUGCCUCCGGGGAUCCAAAUUUCCUCAGAUUCUUUCGGUCCUCGGGAUCCAUUUGUGCCUUGCAAUUCAAGAUUCUUUCAACCCCAACCGUCUAAUCGGCCUGCAAGUAGUGCUAGAACCGCUGGUCAGCCAGAUUCGAAUCAGAACCCACUGCAAAAUGAGGGUGAAGCUGUGCCAAAUCAACAGCAAAAUGAGAACCCUAACGAUCCGCUUGGUGGAAUGGGCGCCAAUCUACAGAACUUGAUGCAAAACAUGUUCGCUGGAAACAAUGACAUGUCUGUCGAGAUGAACCAAGACUCAGUAGCCGUUGAUCCUAGUCGUCCGAUUGCGGAACAAAUCCAAGAAAUUUUGAAUAAUGUCAUGUCGGCUAGAAAUCCAGGAGGUGUUGGGCAGGAUCCUAACGUCGUAUUUUCCGAUGUUCAAGUCGAGUUUCAAGGAGAUCCAAUAGUUGAUGGAUCAUAUUCCGAGGAGCAUGAAGAUCAAUCAAAUCAACAGCAAAUGAACAACCCUUUAAAUGCAAUGCUAACAAGCAUGCUUCAAUCGGGAAUGGGAAAUCCACAAACUAGUCUGUAUGAUAUGCUGCAAAUUGGAAAUUCAGAUGCGAAUGCCGGGCUGUUAAAUGACGUGACAAUGGUAUUCGCUAGAGUGAUGACGGUUCCAGAUAUGAUAGCGAUGAUAACUGGACAGCCGAGUGCAAUUUCACGCGCGCGAGAACCUCUAAGACAAUUUGUUAAUCAGAACUUACUUCAAAAUGAAGAGUAUAGCGACGAUUUGUUGCGGCGAAGGAUAAGAGAAGGAAUCCGAGCCGACAGGACCCUGGAUCUUGGCACUGUGCAGUUCAGAGAAGGAGUCAAUGGCAGGGAAUCAUUGCAUCAAUUUUUUGAGCAGCGAAUAUUCGAUUUGUGUCAAUUCGCUCGGAACUCACAACUAACUGACAAUCAAUUUGCAGAAAACGCUAUGCAGUUUUUCAGCAAGUUGUUGUAUGAACUGAUUGUUUUGUUUUCCCAAAUCUUGCAUUCCUCGCAGAGUGUAGAAACGGUGCUAGCAAACACACUGCUGGUCGAUUUUCUAAGAACACGUGAUGCAAAUCAGAACGACUCGAAUCAAACCCCACCCACCUUUUUCGGUAUGAAUCUAGCAGGAAUGGAACCAAUGAUCACCAUGUUAGUUACCCAACAGUUGUCAAGUUUCUCUACAGUUGCCUCAACUCGAGUCCAAGUUUCAGAAAUUGAGCACUUUAUUGUCAAAACCGAGCCGCAAACGUCCACAGAAAGCGUAAAACCAGAACCUAUGGACUGCUCAGAAUCAAGUGAAAAAGAAAGUGGUCCGACUUCGUCAAAUGCGGGUGUCAAAACUUCUACUAGUUCAGCAGUUCGCCCUAAAAUUCGUGCGAAUUCUCAAAAUCAUAACAGCCACGCUAGACUAAGUUUCAACGUACUUUUACCCGAAGAUCCGGAGUCUUUGAACUUGUUUGAUGAAAACAAUGUAAUGCGGGCACGCGAAAGCUGGCUAGAAGUUUUAAGAAGUGACGAAGAAAAACAACAACAAGAGGAGUUUGAGCGGUAUUUUAGUGACGCCUAUUUGUUCGGAGUACCGGCGAGACAUAGGAGUCUAAUGACAUCUGGAAAUGCAUUGGGAUAUGCUGGCUCAAUGCGUGGCUUACUCCACAGAACUUUGGCAAAUUUGAGCAGUUCAAAUAUUUCCGAUGAUGCGUCUCGAAAUGCAUUGCGUGAAAGUAUUGAAGAUGACGACACAGUUCAAGACUUGUUCAGUGAUGUUCUCAGACAAGAUAUACGCAGACGGUUUGAGCAAGAACCGGAAUUGCGAAACAGAACUUGGACUAAAAAGUACUGCGAAGAAAAGAAAUGAGGCCUUCUUGAAGUGUAGCACUAUCUUUAUUGGCACCUUUAACAGUGUUUAUAACUAAUGUGGUUUUGUUUCUGAGGCGUUAUUUGUAAUUAUUUAAUCUGGUGAAAGUUUAGGAAUUGAAAUAUUUUAUUUUAUUGACUAAAAUUGAAUCAUUUUGCGCGGAUUAUUUUUUCUGUCAUUUCUAGGUUUCAUUGAAAUCGAUCUUGUUUUUUUUUUAAAUAUGAGUA